CCCGUUUGUAUGCCAAUGUUAAUCACAACAUGCCUCGAGAGUACUGGGAUUAUGACAAUUUACAAGUUCAGUGGGGGUAACGUGAAGAUACAAGACAAUUAUGAAAUAGUGCGCAAAAUCGGUCGUGGGAAAUAUUCCGAGGUGUUUGAGGGAGUCAACAUCGUGAAUAAUGAAAAAUGUGUCAUCAAAGUUCUUAAACCUGUAAAGAAGAAGAAGAUCAAGCGUGAAAUAAAAAUUUUGCAAAACUUAGCUGGAGGUCCAAAUAUCAUCUCGCUUUUGGAUGUUGUGAGGGAUCCUCAGUCGAAGACGCCAUCUCUUAUUUUCGAGAAUGUAAACAACACUGAUUUCAAAGUGUUGUAUCCAAAGUUUUCCGAUUACGACGUUCGCUACUAUAUCUUUGAGCUUUUGAAGGCAUUGGAUUACUGUCAUUCGAAGGGUAUCAUGCAUAGAGAUGUGAAACCGCAUAAUGUGAUGAUCGAUCAUGAAAAACGCAAGUUGAGGCUGAUAGAUUGGGGUUUAGCCGAGUUCUAUCAUCCAGGAACUGAGUAUAAUGUGCGCGUUGCUUCGAGAUAUUUCAAAGGUCCGGAGUUGUUGGUUGAUUUCCAAGAAUACGAUUAUUCCCUUGACAUGUGGAGUUUAGGCUGCAUGUUUGCUAGCAUGAUUUUUCGCAAAGAACCUUUUUUCCACGGACACGAUAAUUACGAUCAGUUGGUAAAAAUCGCUAAAGUGCUUGGCACCGAUGAACUCUUUGCAUACCUUGAUAAGUACGACAUAGAGCUAGAUGCUCAAUAUGAUGAUAUCUUGGGCAGAUAUCAACGAAAACCAUGGAAUAAAUUCAUCACUUCCGAAAAUCAAAAGUUUGUUACGAAAGAAGCAAUCGAUUUCCUCGAUAAAUUGUUGCGAUAUGAUCAUCAGGAACGAUUGACACCCGUAGAAGCCAUGGAGCAUCCUUAUUUCGACCCAGUAAAGCAACAGUCUCGAGCUGAGGGAAAUGGAACUCGCGCAUAA